UGCGCAAAUACAAAAGUUAUGAAAUCGCUGAAUUUAUUACAAAUUAUCUAAGUUUCAGUACAAAAAUAAGAUACUUAGUGGCAACUCCGAGAAUAGGGAAAUUUUAUAUUUUGUUAUUCGUGUAGGGUUGUAAACAGUGAACACCUAAUCUAUUUUACGUAGGAUUUUUAGUUUUACCAAUAAUUAAUUUUGUUUGUGUAUUUAAGAGUACAUUUCGAUUUGAAAGAAAAUGAACAGCAGUAGCCCGACGACAGAUGAGGCGAUACUCGGUAGUGGCCAUGUCACUCCAGAUUUAUCCCAUUUGUCAAUGGAAGAAAAAGCUGAACAAGAAAAAUUGUGGCAAGAAGAACUUGCCCAAAUUGAAGAUGAAAUUGCAACUCUUAGGACUGUAUUGACAUCAAAACUUAGAAGAAGUGCUGAACUUAAGCGUAACUUGGGCAUUACUGUAUGGAGGGAGGUGUCUGACGACAUUAAUCAGGGGAUAAAGAAUGUCAAGGAAAGCAACGUGUGA